AUGCUGUCACCACCAAUUCUCCUAUUGGGUGCCCUAUGCCUGGGCUAUUUUAUUCUGCAGAACAUCCAUAUACGUCUCCAGCGGCGUAGACACGCCAAGAAAUGGGGUUGCCAGCCUCCUCCUGUGGCGCAGACAGGUAUCUAUGGCAUCAGGACGUUCCUCGACCUCAACAAGGCAAUGAAGGACACCCGUCUGGUGGAAUACAUUUCCGAUCGGUACGAUGAGUAUGGAUAUACCUUUGGGCAAUCUAUGUUUGGACGCUCGGCAGUUUCUACUGCUGAGCCAGAGAACCUGAAGGCUAUAUUGGCUACCCAGUUCAGUGACUUUUGCCUGGGAACCAGGCAUCGCGAGUUCUAUCCCACGCUUGGGGAUGGCAUUUUUACACUUGAUGGUGCGGGAUGGUCUCAUAGCCGUGCUAUGUUGAAACCCCAGUUCCAACGUGAUCAGGUCGCGGAUCUAAACCUCAUGGAUGGCCAUGUCUCUCGAAUGAUCGAUCUCAUCCCCAAGGACGGCUCUGUUUUCGAUAUUCAGGAUCUCUUCUUUCUCAUGACCGUGGACUCGGCUACCCAUUUCCUCUUUGGUGAGUCAGUCGGUGCAAUGGAGGGUGGCAGUGUACUCGGAAAAUCGUCCGUUGGAAAUGCGCAGGGCUUCGCCGAUGCAUUCAAUACGGCGCUUGAGUACCUCAAUAAGCGGUCAAUGGCUUUUAUAUUCUAUUGGACUAUCAACCCGAAGGAAUUCCGUGAUGCAAACCGACGCGUUCACGAGGUCGUCGACCACUAUGUCCACCAAGCCAUCGAGGCCAAGAGGCAUCCCGAAAAGAAGGAGCCUGGCCGAUAUAUCUUCGCCGAGGCACUCGCUCAAGAUAAUGACGAUCCUAAGCUGCUACGUGACAACAUGCUUAAUAUCUUAUUAGCAGGCCGUGACACGACAGCCAGUCUCCUGAGUUCCGCAUUUUUCUUCCUGGCACGCCAUCCCGCGGUUUGGGAUAAACUCCGCGGAAUCAUCCUCGAAGAAUUCGGAGACGCCCAAAAUCCAAAGGCGGAAAUCACUCAUGCCAGACUUAAGGAUAUCCCGUACCUGCGCCAUUUCUUAAACGAAGUCCUUCGCCUCCUCCCACCCGUCCCCCUCAACUUUCGCGUCGCUGUCAAAGACACCACUCUCCCCCUAGGCGGCGGUCCCGACGGAAAGUCCCCUAUCUUCGUCGAGAAGGGCGAGCCAAUCCUCUACAGCGUCUACACCAUGCACCGCCGCAAGGAUAUCUACGGCCCUGACGCCGACUCCUUCCGACCUGAACGCUGGGAAGAGAACUCGAAGCGAGGCUGGUCGUUCCUCCCCUUCAACGGCGGCCCUCGUAUUUGUCUUGGUCAACAAUAUGCGCUCACCGAAGCAAGCUUUGCAAUGGUGAAGCUAAUGCAGCGCUUUUCGACAAUCGAGAAUGGUGCGCCGGAGAUUGAGCAACCGAUCAUCAAAUCGAAUCUCACCGUGUCCCAUGGUCAGGGCGUGAAGGUUCGACUGUAUUAA